UUUAUCGUUUAUUAUUGUUACUCAACGCUCUUUCAUCUUCAUCUUCUUCCUUGGUAAGGUGAACAAGAUCUCUCUAGAUCUCUCUCUCUCCUCUCUGUAUAUUCUACUUCUGAAGAAGAAGAAGAAUCAGAUUCCAUCAUCUUUGUUGAAUCGUCAGUAGAUUUCAAAUGAUGCAAUCUUGCACUUCGGAUUCAUAGAAACGCUAUUUUCGGCGGAAAGUUAGGGUUACAAUGGGGAACUGUCUUGAAAAGCCGAAGGUGUCAAUGGCGGAGAUCACUCCGUCGUCCGAUUCCUAUCUCGAUAAGAGCUCUUCUAUCAUUAAGUCAUCAUUGCCUACUCCGAUAGUCAAAUUAUACGGAUCGCUUGAAGAUACACUAACAAACUACAUCAGAUUUGCUCUUCAAUACAAGCCUGUGAAUCUUCAAUUCGUGCUGACACAACCUACGCGAUUCGGCUCUGAAAUGCCGUAUAUCCGGUUUGAAUCGGAUACUGUUUGGGGAUCUUUGGAGACAAUUCUAGAGUACGUGGAAUCGAAGUUCCCUGACCCGCCGCUGGCGAGGAAACCGGGUUGGAUCCAUGAGACGCCACCUCCGGCGAUUGUGACUAUGGGGGUAAUGCAACACCGGAGCAUGACGUGGCAUCUAGAUAGGAUGGUGAGAUGGGCUGAGGAUCUAGCGGCGCGUGGGGGUAAAGCUAGAGGAGACCCUAGGAUGGGAAGUCCACGGAUGGAAGUAAGGAAAUUCGCUACGAGCUACUCACAGUUGUUGGAGUUGAUGCUUGAACAUGCUCAGAUGGAAGAAACAGUCGUCUUUCCUGUUUUGGAAAGGGCUGAUCGAGGAUUGUCUAAAGUAGCAAACGAAGAGCACGCCAUGCAUCUGCCAAUAAUGAAUGGCAUCAAAGAAGACAUUAAAUCCAUUGGGGUAAUGGAUUCUGGCAGUCCGGUUUUUGUGGAAGCUCUUGUCAAUCUUCCUUCUCGCCUCAAAAAAUUACAGACGAUUUGUAAUGCGCACUUUGAGGAGGAGGAAAGGGAGCUCUUUCCAUUGAUGGAGGCUACGGAACUGAGUAGGCAGCAGCAGGAAAGAGCAGUGGAGGAGAGCUUGAAAACCAUGCGGGGGACUCAUUCAAACUUAUUCACUUUCUUCAUGGAAGGCUUAUCCCCUCGGGAUGCAAUGCACUACCUGCAGUUGGUUCACCAAAUUGCAGACAAAGGGUGGGUGGCCACUAUGUUUCGCUCGUUAGUUGAACCGAAUGAAAGAUAGCGAGGUACAAGUGUUUGGUUUUUAAAGAUAGAGAGGGAAAGGAGUGUUGUUGCUUUAAGAUUUAUAAUAUGGUUUGGUUUAGUAGGAAUAUAUAAUUGGAAUGAUUCUUUUCUUCUUUCUUUGAAGAAUCUUUUGAGCCUGGUUCUCAUAUUAGGAUAUGAUUGUUUGAAAAUUUGUGUUGUUAUUGUGUUUUGAUAUUGAUUUUCUUGUUUGGUUAGAACUUGUA